AUACUUUUUGUUUUGUUUAAUAUUCAACAGCAUGUGGUAUGAUUAUUUCGUCAGUCAUUGAAUGUGUUGGGGAAUUUGACGUCACAUUAUAUUUUGAAAUAUUUACAAACUUCGAACUACAUUAAACGUUUUCGAUCAGUGACCAUGAAGUGGACCUUAUUGGUCCUAGUGACCACCUUAACCAUACAGGCAGCAGUGGGUCCUCCAGUAACUGAAAAAAAAGUUAAGGAAGAUGAGAAAAACAAUGCUGAAAAUGAAAUAGACAGUGACAAUAAGGUGGUUCCGAAUGUGGAAUACGACCACUACCUGAAGGAAGUGGUGUCUGCGUUGGAAAGUGACCCGGAGUUCCGUGCCAAACUGGAGAAGGCAGAAGACGUCGACAUCAGGAGCGGGAAGAUUGCGCAGGAGCUGGAGUUCGUCAGCCACAACGUGCGGACGAAGCUGGACGAGCUGAAGCGGCAAGAGUUGGAGCGCCUGCGCCACCUCGCCAAGAAGGAGUACGAGCUGAAGAACGGCAUGGACACGGAGCACCUGAAGAUAGCGGUCCCCGAGCACCUCGACCACGCCAACCCCCACACCUUCGAGACGGAGGACCUGCGCAAGCUGAUCGCCAAGACUUCGGCGGAUCUAGCGGAGGCUGACAGAAAGAGACAAGAGGAAUUCAAGCAGUAUGAAAUGCAGAAGGAGUUUGAAAAGCAGGAGGCAUUAAAGACUCUUGAUGAAGAGAACAAGAAGAAACUGGAAGAGGAAUACCAGAAACAAGAGGAAAAACAUAAGAAGCAUGAGCCUCUGCACCACCCCGGCAGCAAGCAGCAGCUGGAGGAAGUGUGGGAGAAGCAGGACCACAUGGAGAAUCAGGAGUUCGACCCCAAGACGUUCUUCUUCCUCCAUGACCUGGACGGGAACGGCUUCUGGGACCAGGCGGAGGUGAAGGCGCUCUUCCUGAAGGAGCUGGACAAGCUGUACAACUCCGGGGCGCCCGAGGACGACAUGCGGGAGCGCAUCGAGGAGAUGGAGCGCAUGCGCGAGCACGUGUUCAAGGAGGCAGACACCAACAAGGACAACCUCAUCAGCUUUCAAGAGUUCAUGGCCCAGACGAAGAAACCGGAGUUUGAGAAAGACCAGGGGUGGCAGAGCUUGGACCAGCAACAGCUGUACACCCCUGAGGAGUAUCAGAGGUUUGAGCAUCAGCGCCAGAUGGAAGUGCAGAAGUUGGUCCAGCAGGGACUGAUCCCUCCCCAGCCGGUGUACGCGCCUUACCAUGGCUACCACCCCGGCAUGCAUGUUCCGCCACAUCUGCAACCGCAAUUCCACCCAGCCCAGCAGGGAAUACACCCUAAUCAGAUACCGCAGGGCUACUACCAGGGCCAACAGUACCAUCCGGCACAGGGUCAACCCAUUUACCAGCAGCAACCACAGUACCAACAACAUGCAGCGGUAGGACAAGGACAUCAGCAGGUUCCUCAAGGACAUCAGCAGGCUCAGCAGGUUCAAGGACAUCAGCAGGCUCAGCAGGUUCCUCAAGGACAUCAGCAGGCUCAGCAGGUUCCUCAAGGACAUCUGCAGGCUCAGCAGGUUCCUCAAGGACAUCUGCAGGCUCAGCAAGUGCCUCAAGGACAUCUGCAGGCUCAGCAGGUGCCUCAAGGACAUCUGCAGGCUCAGCAAGUGCCUCAAGGUCAUCCUCAAGGACAUCAGCAGGCUCAGCAGGUUCCUCAAGGACAUCAGCAGGCUCAGCAGGUGCCUCAAGGACAUCUGCAGGCUCAGCAGAUGCCUCAAGGACAUCUGCAGGCUCAGCAAGUGCCUCAAGGUCAUCCUCAAGGACAUCAGCAGGCUCAGCAGGUGCCUCAAGGACAACAACCACAGGUGCAACCGGUGCCUCAAAUUCCACAACAGAUACCUCAAGUUGGCAAUGUGCCAAUUUUGCAUCAUCCUCCACAGCCUCCUCCAAAUAAUCCGCAACAGCAUAUUGAUGUAGGCAAUUUAGUUCAUUAAUGUUCCAAGUACGGUGUUACUAUAAUGGCUUUUAUAAUUAUUUUUUUUUUUAGGUUUGUGAGUAUUAUAUUUUCUACAUAUGAUUUCUUUUUCUUAAGAGAAAUGGACAGUUAUUUAAGGUGAUCUUACAAUGUAAGUUAUAGUCAAGAGUAAGUAUUCUUGCUCAGUAAUUUGUAAUGUUACAUCAGCUUUAUGUGCAACCAUUUGUAGGCAUUUCAAAAACGUUAUUUGGUACUAUAAGCAUAAUUAAUUCCAACAAGGUUUGUUUACAAAGCACAUCAGAGAUUUCAACUUUUUAAUGCUGGAAUCACAAUGCCCCCAUGGCCCCGACACGACAGGCCCGACAAGUUCAAUAGCCAUUGAAAUACAAGCUCGCCGUGACGUCAGCCCGACAAAAUACGCACCCCGACGGCCCGCAAGGAAUAGAUUAUAUUUAUAAUUUCGUCAUGUCGUCUUGCCCGACAGAAAAGAAAACGUCAACGGAAAGGAAACAGUACAGAACUAAAUUUCAAAAAUAUUUACAUACUUGGUAAAUCUUUUUGCUGAAAAGUGAAAUUUCCUUUUACGUGUGGGUGAAUUGAAAAAUUUGUAGCUUGCCUUAGUCUGUUUGUAUAAACAUAAACAGAUAUCGUGUGUAUGGUUGAAGACAUUAUUUUAGAAUCCAUAUUUUAACAUUUUGUUUCUUUUUAAUUCUUUGCACAGCUAACAUCACAAGUAUAUUUCUGUCCCUCACUGACAUAUCUUUAUCUUGUUUCCUUGUAACUAUAAUAACCUACUCUUUGUUUUACGAAUCAACUUAACCUUACUUCGUAUCGCAGACGACUAAAUGUUUUUUUUGCACUUCAACUGUCAAUAAUAAAUAAAAGAGUAUACUUUGUUUUUAGCGCAUUCGAUAAUGCAUUUUAAUAUAAGUAUUUAGCUUGGCACGAUUUGCUGAAGGCCAAAUUGAAAAUCUUCUGGUUAUUUUUGUCGUGGUAUUGUGACCCUACGCUUUUAAAUCUGCCAUGCUGAGAUGUUGCACGACAGUUUGUCGGGCCUGUCGUGUCGGACCCGUUGGGGCAUUGUGAUUCCAGCUUAAGAAGGUUAUUUGCUUUAUUAUUAACAAUAAAGCUGAAUAAAUAAUAUAUAAAUAUAUUUAGAAAGUCCGACUAUUUUAACAAAUUUUUGGCUGUCCAGAUCUUUAGCAAUUACAUGACUUAAAAUACUGCUAAGUAGCACAGUUGUUACGUGUAAAGGUUUGAAUAUGCUGUACUUGCAGGUUAAAUAGUUACAAAGUUGUGAUAUUAUUUCGCACUGGCCUACUAUAGUGCUUGAAUUAAUAUUUUAAUUACAUUGGCCAAAAAAAAAAAGAUUGAACUAAGCAUAAAAUUUCAACUGAUAGCUGCAGAAAAUUGUUUUGUUGGGCAGUAAAGCAUUUGUGAUCAGUUAUUAAUGUGUUAUUGUGCUCAUUAAUUAUAUUAUUUGCAAGGAAUUGAACAAGGUUUAUUCUAAAGAAGAGUGAAUUAAAGACUAUGCUAAAUAAUUUUUCAAAUGCUUUGAAUAGUAGCGAAUAAGCUCUGGAAUACAAGGCAGUGUGAUAUAGUCUAGAGAAAUCACAUGCUGUGCAGUAUUAUUAACACAUUUUUUUAAAAGUAAUAUAACUAGUACCUAUAAAUAACCAAUUAUCAGGAAGUAAAUUGAAUAAUAUGUAUAAGGUGUAUUUUAUAGUAAAAUAUGGAUUAGUACAUGAUGAAAGGUGCUUUGACUGUGUCACACUAUAUAGUAUUACAUUUUCUUUUGGGGUAUGGGAUGUUAUGUUUAUUGAUUCUGUUUCUUGUUAAAAUAAAAUAAAAAAAAUGUAAA